AAGAUCAAAGUCGCCAUAUUGGUAACUGUCUAAUUCGGAAAUUUAAGCAAAGGAAGUUUUUGACUUCUAUAGAGUGAUCACUACUGAAACUAUUAAGAUGUCAGUAUUAAAUCAAAGUGGCGAGGAGCAGGUGGAGUGUCCGCUGUGCAUGGAACCACUUGAGGUUGAUGAUCUUACAUUCUUCCCUUGUACCUGUGGUUAUCAGAUCUGUCGUUUUUGCUGGCAUCGUAUUAGAACUGAUGAAAAUGGAUUGUGUCCAGCUUGCCGUAAGGCUUAUUCGGAAGAUCCUGCCGACUUCAUUCCUUUAUCUCAAGAGCAGAUUGCUAAGUUGAAAGCGGAGAAACGUCAGCGCGACCAGCAGCGCAAGGCCAAGUUGACCGAAAGCCGAAAGCACUUGGCCAGCGUUAGGGUAGUGCAGCGUAACCUGGUGUUCGUUGUGGGACUACCGAUGAGGUUGGCGGAUCCGGAGGUGCUUAAAAAGCACGAGUACUUCGGCAAGUUCGGAAAAAUACAUAAGGUGGUGAUCAAUCAAUCGACUUCGUACGCUGGCUCGCAAGGGCCCAGUGCAAGUGCCUAUGUAACCUAUAUGAAAAGUGAUGAUGCUUUAAGGGCCAUACAAAGUGUCAAUAAUAUUACUAUAGACAGUAGAGUGAUAAAAUCAAGUUUAGGAACUACGAAAUAUUGUUCGCAUUUUAUGAAAAACCAAACCUGUCCCAAGCCAGACUGUAUGUAUCUGCAUGAUUUUGGUGAUCCAGAGGCUAGUUUUACCAAGGAACAGAUGCACGCCGGAAAACAUCAGGAAUACGAAAAGAAACUUCACGAAAACCUACUCCUCCGCACCGCCAACAAUAACAACCAGUCCAGCAGUUGUGACAAUUCUAAACCUUCUAUACCUAUACCUACAUCAAAUUCUACAUAUAAAUCGUCUUCUAAAGAUAAUAUGACAGCUGCUCUGUCGAGUAGCGUGAGCAGUAGUAGCAGCACAACGUCUAAUAGUAGUGGUACAAAUAAGGAGAACUGGCCGCAUUUAAAUACAGAGAAAGAAAAGAAAGACAAGGAGAAAGGAAAGAAAAGCAAAGGUAAGGGGGAGAGCGGGUGUAGGAAGGGCGAGAGGAAGGAAUCUUACAGUAGCGGAAAGAGCGAAGUUAAAUUCGAUAGUGGUUUUAGGACUGAUAGUAAACAAGAGAAAAACACGUCGCCGCCUCUCAGUGAACCAACAGCAACGCCGUCUCCUCCGACGUUACUAGAGUCACAACUGUCUGUUCCAAAAUUAACUACGCCCAUAGUCGAUGAUAAUACUAGUUUCUUUUCACUUAAUUCGUUUCAAAAAUUACCUUCCAAUAGCUCGGGGGCGGAACACGCGACCGAAACAGAUAGCGAGGCGCAUCCUUCUAGUAUAUUAACAGAUACUUUACCAAAUAUCAACACAUCAGAAGACUGGGUGGCGGCGUUUGGAUUUUCUAGAAAUUCGGAGGCUAAUUUAGGGAAAAGGGAAGACAAAGAUAUGUUAGAUUCAUUUAGGAAAGGAUUUGGUGUAGUAAAUCAUAAUACAGGAUUUAGUAAAGGAGUAGAACCAUAUAACAAUGGAUUUUAUGAAAUGCCUUCGAAGUUAGAUGAAAAUUUAAUGGACAUGCUCUCUGUCAAGGCGCCCCCUACUUACCCACCAUAUAAACUAAAUCCUCCACAACCUCAAGCUCCUCCAAGUCAUACGCACAACGGCAUGAAUGGCCUAGAUCAAAAUAUGUCAAAGUUCUUCAUGGAAUUUCACAAAAACAAUAAAGAUAUUAGUACGGGACAACAGCAACAACAGUAUAAUAAUGGAUUUAAUGGUGUACAUCCGGGCUUUUUCUCUGGAGUGCCGAACAAUUCAAUGUUAUUACAACAAAAACAAUUAGAAGAACAGCUUUUACAACUUAGUUUAAAACAAGGAUAUGGUAGUUCCAAUUCGGUUUAUCAGAACGGCAUAAAUACACCAAUAUAUAACACAAACGGAGAAAACGGAGGAUUCGGAAAUUUGCAUGGGUCACUAUAUAAUAGUUCAUCUAAUGUUAAACAAAACGCAAGAACUUCAGAGGACGAUUUAGGAUUUGAUCCUUUCCAGGAAACGCAGAAAGCAUUUGCAGAGUUAAUGGCUACAGAACAGAAUCAAAAAUCACAUAAUAGUAUAGGUCAUAGUCAAAUUAAUGGGGUAAAUCUCAAUCAGAAUGGGCAUCUGCCUCCGCCACCACCUGGCUUCGUUCAACAAAACCCUUCACAUAUGAACUCAUUUGGUAGUAAAAUUUUACCUUAUCUAAAUGUGUCUAAUAGUCCACAACAAAUAAAUAGUUCAACACAAAAUAGUUGGCCUAGUAAUUAUAAUUCCAAUAUGCAGCAACAACAGAAAAAUAUAAACAACACAUGUAACGAUUGGAAGGUAUUAGAUCCAGCGAUUUUAUCAUCUAGCCGUCAUUAUCCAUUAGCAAAUAUGCCUCAUCUUAGAGAUUAUACAAAUUUAUCACAAAUAGGUACUCAACAACAGAUACAACAAAACGGCGGGGUGCCGCCACUUCGAUCGUACGAAUAUACAAAUAACGCAUUCUCAAAUUUCACACAACAACUACAGCCAAAUUUCAAUAAUUUUUCACAUAUAAAUUCACAACAGAAUCUGAAUUGGUUUAGCAAUGAUAUAAAUUCACAGAUAUCCAGUCCACCGGGCUUCAGAAACAAUACAGCGACUAAACAGCAAGAAUGUUGAGGAAAUGUCGAUAGAAGGGGAACGCCACGUAUGGGUCUCGCUUUUAUUUUAAUUUUUAAACAAAUCUGUUUCAAAAAAUAAUCUAAUUUGAAGUACCGAUCUUUGUUUAGUGUUGUUCUAUACGUUUUAAUGCGAUUAUUUAUAUUGUUGAGAUAACAGUUUACAAUUAUUUAAUUAAAUCAAAUAUAUACAGUGUUAAUGCACAUCUUUUGCUCUACGAUAUUUCCAUAUUUAAAAGGGACCAGAUAUAAAAUUGCUUUUCUAAUCCUGUUUGUUCGAAAAAAAAUUCGAUAGAAAGAAAUAAAAGGUAAGAAAAGUCUAUCGUUUGGUUUGUGUAGUUUGUCUGUCCUUUAGGGGAUUAGUUCAGCCAAAACUACAACAAAUACACAAACUGUUGAUUGAUUCAUAUUUAACACUAAAAGUUAUGUGGGAAAAAAUUAUGAAACUGAAAAUUUUUGUUCAAGAAAACUACAAAAAGACAAUAAAAUUUAGCAUAUAAAUAAGUUUCCCAAAACUCCAUAAACCUAUUCAUAAUACUACUUAUCUCAAGUUUUAUAAUUUUCUGUGGGAAUAAAACCAAAUAUAUCAUAAAAUGGAAAUUUCUUCCAAUUUUCAGUAUUUUUUCUGUGUUAUUACAUUCAUAGAAGUCCUUUACUUGAAGUAAUACCAGACAAUGAUGCAAGACAAUGGAAAUGGUCAGGAAAGUUUCCUUUAAUAAGAAACCAUCAAAGAAUGGAGGCGUUUUCUCCAAAAACGUGGUUAAAAUUCUAUAGAGAACUCUACAAAGAAAAUAUAUUUGCGUUUAAGGGAAUAUGAAAUGAAAAGUACAUUCUACAGUGGUACUUUCCACUAAUAAACCAUGAAAAGAUAUAAGAAAAUCUACAUUUGUGGGAAGAUAUAUCUGAAACUAGUCCACCGAAGUGACGUUUAUAAAAUUCCAAUGAAGUAUAUUUAAUUUAUUACACAAUAAACUAUUUAUUUU